GUUAUGUGUGAGUGUGUGUGUUGAAAGGUGCGAGCCGAUAUCAUCCCCCAUUAGUGAUCGCGUCGAGACAACCGCGCCCGCCGUCUCGUUCGACACAAACGUUCGGCGCGACGAACUCCGUAGCGAAGAUAGAUACGCGCGAAUUCCUCGAGUUUGACCACGUGCAUUGUGUUCAAGGAUCAUUCUCUCCUGGAGAGAGAAGAAAAUAGAGCGGAAGAAACGAAACACCAGAGAGAGAGAGAGAAGGGAUUUGAGAAAGCGUGUUCGUCCAAGAAGUCUCACUACUGCCGAUUUUGAAAGAACUCCAGUUCAGUCUUCGUCGUCGUUUCAUCUACCCCCCCCCCCCCCAGCGAACUCUCGUGUACACUCUACACGCUCACACACAUAGACGUAUGUAUUAUGUAUACGCGCACAUACACACCGACACAUUGUCCCCGUAGAGUGUAGAGAGUGCGAUCCCGCGUUUCUCCGGCGGCCGAUGCGCGCCGUGAAUUUCCCGAGGAAACGGCAGGAAACGGAAGCGACAGUGGAAUUGUAUGCCAAGCACCGCCACCGCGGUGCCGCGUAAUCUUCGGCUUUCGAGGCGCGAGCUGGUGAUCCCGUUUCGCCGUCGCGGCUCGCUUCCGGUAUAGUGUCUUCCGCGACGCAGGGAGCCUCGCGGCCGCGGGUCUCUCGCCGCGCAACAUGGGUUGCGAACUGAGCAAACUGGCCACCUCGAAAUCGCGCAAUCAAGCCGGAAACGAUGGCUCGUCGCCACCGCCGCCGCCGGCCGCCACGGAUCCUCGACUUCCGCUCACGGCUCGGCAAAAAUUUACGGUUAUCGCCAGCUGGAAAGCGGUCGCCAGGGCGUUGGAGCCCACGGGCAUAUACAUGUUCAUAAGGUUGUUCGAGGAGAACGCGGAAUUGUUAAACAUGUUUACAAAGUUUCGGGAUAUGAAGACGAAAGAACAGCAGUCGUCGAGCAUGGAAUUGGCCGAGCACGCGAAGACGGUCAUGUCCACCCUCGACGAAGGGAUUAAAAGCCUGGAUGACAUGGACACGUUCCUGACGUACCUCCAUGAGGUCGGGGCCUCGCAUACGAAGAUCCCCGGCUUCAAUCGGCAAUAUUUUUGGAAAAUCGAGAAACCAUUUCUGGACGCGGUGGAGCGCACGCUGGACGAUCGGUACUCGGAGAACGUGGAGAACAUCUACAAGCUGACGAUCAAGUUCAUCAUCGAGACGCUGAUCGACGGCUUCGACAAGGCACAGAGCGACAAGGCCAAGUCCUAGUCGUCCUAGUCCCGAGGCGUCCGGCACGCUCGAUCCUACGAGACGUUGACCGCUCUCCCCGGCUUCGCUCGGUUCCCCUCCCCCCCCCGAUGCCUGGAAGGGAAAGGACAGGAAGGAAACGAAGAGAGAAGCAGGAAGAAGCCGGCCGCCGAUUCGCGAGGACGACGAAGGGACAGUCGUCAUCCUCGGUCCUGUGCUUGCCCGAGAAGCGAGCGUACGCGCGUCUCACGUACAUCACCGUGUAUACGCGCGUCCGAUGUUCGCCCGGCCUGAGCUCUUUUGUCCCCCCUGCGAUAGGGGGGGUCACGCCGUUUCAAACGGAUAUUAAUAACGGCCCCAUCGAGUCGCGCGGUCCUUAGGGACUCGCUUACGAAAACGCGCCGAACGAACUGUGCGCGCGGUCUCUCUCGAAAGGUCGAAGGGUGCUCGACGCGAGCGCGAUCGCUCGAACUUGACGAUUCCUGCUCGGCCGGUCGCAUUGUUACGCUACAGAACGAACAGAGCAUGAUUUCCAGCCGAGUUGAGGCGUGCGAAGUCGUGCAGGAGGCUGGAGUCCAGGAGUUCCUGGCUGGGACGUAUCUCUCGGGCGUCUUCGCGGCGUCCAUCAUGACGUCGAUUUCACAGCGAUUUCAGCGCGAAAAUGCAGCGGGACUGACGCGAGGCACACGAAGCGCGAGUGUACGAGGCGUUUGAAAUUGUUGUCCUGCGUCAAGAUUUAUGGUCCCUGAAGGAAAAUGAGUCGAAUAAGAGCUCCACGGUUUCAAGGAUCCCGCAGUGUCCACCACACUUCUCGAUGACCUCACUUUAAUACUUUUAUACUCACGCGGAGGCUGACGAGAGGAAUACAUUUGUGUAAGGAAGGUAACGUGUCUCCGCUGAAGAAGGGGGGCCGAAAAGUUCGCCUCCGAAUCUCUGAAACGCCUUCACCUGGGAAAAUUUCGUUCGGUCCAUCUUGCAUCCUCUUUAAAACCGUGGAACUCUUACUCGACUCAUUGUUCUCCAGAGAUGACACAGAGAUGAGCGACGUAAAACGAUGGCGGCGAUUUCAAGUGCCUCGCUCUACCUUCCACUUUCUCACGCCUGUAACAUCGGAUCCGCCGAUUCGAAGAUCCCCCUUUUUUGUAUAAUUGAUUGAUCGUUGCUGUAAACAUCGAUUGAUUCUGAUUGGAGUCGGGCGGGUUCUCCGUGUCCUUUUUAACGCCAGUUCCGGAAGGUAGCUAAGAGGCAGCUGCUAAGCGCUGCGGUUAAAGUUCACCGGGAGCGCCGCUCGAGUUCUGUAAUUUCAAGUUUAUCCGGAAUUUAGCGAACAUGAUUGAUCGAGAUCCCAUGGACGGCGCCGAGGUACUCACAGGGAAAGUUUAAAGGCGCAACAAGAUCAAUCGCUCGAAACUUUUGCUUCGGCGAUUUGUACGUUUUUCUCUCUGGGGGAGAUGCUGUCCACGAGUGGACAAACCGAGUAGCGAUCGGUGGAAACCUCCGUCGGGUCGCAUGCUUCCGCGUGAGUUUUGCCUUGAUUUUUCCCCUCCGAAAGGGAGGACUUCGAAGGAGGAGAUACUUUGACUUGUUUCCUAGUUUGUUCUGUUGCUCGAGCAGGGGAACGUCAGCAUUAAAAUUUAUUUGUCUUCCUCUUGGGGGAGAGAGCCCCAUCUUCCGGAAGCUACAUGAGCUUAACAUGAACGUAUGGCUUUCCUCGUCUAAUCGCGUUCAUGUGGAUAUCGGUUAUCCGCUGUUUCCGGUUACGAAGACAAUACACUUAACGGAAAUGGAGCGGAAAGUGAUGCACGUCGUUAUUGAUCAGACGUAAGACUACAAAGGGAGGAGGUGUAGGAGAGUAAAGAGAGAAAGAGAGGGGGGGGGAGAGAGAGAGAGAGAGAGAGAGAGAGAGUGAGUGUGAGGAAAGCCUCUCUUCUCCAGCAGAAAACGGUUUUCUUAACGUCACAUUAGACGUCAUUUCGGUCAAUAUUGCGAUAUCCCUCGCUGCGAGUAGUCGGAUAAGCUGAGAUGAAGGUCCUUAUUACGAUACCAUACCGUUGUUACGAGCCAAGUGAGAAAUUCGCUCAACCCUCGAUGUUCGCCGCGCGCGGGGCCGGUUUGAAAGGCCUAUCAAAAGACACGAGAACUCUCCACCACACAAGUCCUCUACACAAGGCAAAUUCUAAAAUCCAUCUGAUGCGCGCGGGUAAUAACGACUCCCCCGACGCGUUUAUCGCGCGAGUAUCGCGCGAUUUCCGCCAUUUCGUUAAUUACAACUUUCGCGCGACGUUAAAACUCGGAGGCGACACUGCCGGCCUCUAGCCGGCCGGUUUUUGCCGUGUAUUUUUCACGUCAUGAGAGACUCUUACAGAGAGCGAUUUUUCAUUUCGCUAAUUACGUUAAUUUACUCUCACUCUGGUCGAGUGGUAAUAUCACUCCUACACCCCCUCGCGAUGUUUCGUAAAUUAAUCGAGUACAAAGUUCGCGCUCUCGCGUGCACUACCGCCGUCAACUGAUCCGUGCCUGAAAAAUUUUUCCUCGUUAGCACAGAGAACGCGUGAAACGUAUCAAUUAUUAUUCAAUUGCCCUUAUGACGUCCAAGAGAGCGGUGGCGAUAAAAACAAGAUGAAGCGGGCGAGUAUAAAAGAGUCGUUGGAGCAAAGCCAACGCGAUAACUGUGAACUAAUGACGGCUUAAAUAUUAUUUAGCAUCAUUCGAUCAGUACUUUGAUUUCAGUAUCAGUAUCAAUAACUCGUAACUCGAAGAAACUUGUCUCAUGUGUGACAGUCAGAUUUAAGUCUACGGAGAUGUGAGUUUCUUCGAUUGAAUCUUGACGGCAAAUGUGUCACGCGCGUCAUAUGACUCAGCGAAGGAACUCAAAUCUAACUCUAAAUUCAGAUCACAGGAUGAACAACUAUUCAUACGUACUUCAGAGUGUUGUUCAUCGUCCGAUCUUAAGUAUAAGAUCGGAGGAGGAGGAGGAGUACCGUCCUCUCAUGUUUUCUGACAAACAGAGUCCGAUGCCGUUAGCUGCCGUUAGGUGAAAUCGACAUUAAACGGAUAUCACAAAGUACCGACUCCGUGUCAGUUGUGAGAUUUUAAUAAUAUCAGCCAAUUCUCUGGCCGAGGAUCGUGCGCCGUUGGCAGCGGUUCAGAGACACUGGUCAAUUUUAGAAUCUCAUGCAUCUUAAUUCCGCGCUCUCGCGCGCGCGCGCGCGUGAGCCUCUACUUUCCGGCUCUCGAUAAUCGAUAGAAAAGAAAACGCGACGGUCUCGACCGGCGCCGUCUAGCGCCUUCGGUCGCCGGCACUUUUGGAUUACACAUAAGUCACGCGGGACGUGAGGCUGAAUGCGGCGGAAUGCAAAUGCGCGCAUUGUCGCGAAAUGGGGUCGCGCGAGAUUUAAUCGCGGGAACAACGUGGAUUUAAACGUGUACGAGAGGCGCGCCGCCUUGCACUUCGCCCGUGUUAUCGCGCGUCGCCGGUUGGAACUAUCGCGGCUCUUGCGCGCGUACGAGAAUUAGGAGAAGAGAGAGAGAGAGAGAGAGAGAGAGAGAGAGAGACUCGUCGCGAUCCGGAAAAAGCGUUUUGGAAAAUUUCCUGCGGAAGCGUGGACAACGCGUCGUGUAUAGAGACGCAUUCGAAUCCACCGCGUGGAUUCAGCGUAGGAUGCAGCGAUUGACGCUUUAAUCAAAUCACCGUGGAGGUUGACAUUUCACGUUAUUUUGUUGUUGCAACGCUUUUUUCUUCUUUAACAGCUGCGGCAGUUGCGUCGGUGGGCAUGGCGGUGCGACGCUAAAGUGCCGUGUUGAUUUACCUAGAAAAUGCAACUGGAUUUGUAUCGAACAGAUUUGCAUCGAACUGGCCGAUAUAAAAUUGUAUUUGUCAGAGAUUAUGAUUAAGGCAAUUACGGUUGUUUACCUGCCGCCUGUGUGUUCUUCUUAUAAUUUUGCAAAAUUCAUGCAAAUUUAAUGCAAUGCGUUGAAUGUCACCGGUGACCGAUACUGUGACACUGCCGCGUCUCACUGAAUUACGUGUAAUUGAUUUUCCCUAAACAUCGGUUCGUGCGAACAGAUGAAACUAGUUGCAAAAAAUACGCACCUCGAAUUACGUUCGUUUAUCAUAUCUUUGGUAAUUUGAUUAUCGGUAUCAGCUUUUGCGCAAUCAGUGGGUAUCAACGCGGCAAUCAAAGUGUUAAAACGAUACCUGACACCUGCAGCGACCUUUAUAAAUUCGUUCGAAACGAUAACUUUCGCAGUUAAAGCGGUAACUUUUGCAGGCGUUCGCUGAUAACGUGCGUCGAGGGACGCGUAUUGUUUACACGAAUAUUCUCACGCAACAUUGAAACAAUGACGCUUCGUUUCUUUUCCCUCUCUUAGUUUUUCUUUUUCAUUGCGCCACGCUCUGCGAAUGAGAAACGGCUGAUCGAAAACGCGGUGUCGUUGUCCGAGAAUUUUUUACGUGAUCAGCUGUGAAAUACAUAUCGCAUUGUUGCGAUAUUCGCGAGCUACUCCCAAGUCCCUCCGUCUCUCCGUUUGUCUCGCCGUGAAGCAACGAUGCAUUAAUGUGAAAGCAUAGCGCACGGUGCCGUAUCGCUCGUCGGUGUCGUCCUUUCGUCAUACCGAGAGCGAUCGGAGGAGCGAUGGACGCGUGAAUGAAGCUACGCGAGUGGAAAUUAUUGAUACGCCGCGGAUCGAUCAUCGGUUUUUCGACGUCGGGCCGGACGAACAGCAAAAUCGCUUCUAAAUCUCCGGCGAUUUCUUCGCGCCGCUCAGCUCUUUCCGUCUCGGAUCUCGUUGUGCUCGCGAAAACCGAUCGAUAUAUAACGUGGCUGUCAUCGUAACCGUUUACAUCCGCCGCCCUGUGAUUUUUAAUCUUUUCGGGAAAGUUCUCGCUUUGCAAGCCCUCACUUUACGCUUCGCACUGUUCGACAUCCACCAACUUUUGUUCAUGACGGAACGUACUUGUAACGAAGUUAACGGUGUUAAAGUGGAAGGCCGCGAAGUUCCGCGCGAUUUUCGAGCGGCAGACAUUGGCUCGUUCUCCGGGCAGACUCGACCUAAUUUCAAUUUUUCGCGACGUCGUCGAAACCGACGAAAAUAGCAGACAGGACCCUUCGACCGUCGAUAAGAGAGAGAGAGAGAGAGAGAGAGAGAGAGAGAGAGAAAGAAAGAAAGAAAGAGAAAAAGAGAGAAAGAGAGAGAGAGAGAAAGGGAAAGAGAGAGAGAGAAAGAGAGAUUGUAUAAAUUUUUAUUCGUACCGUAAGGUAAGAACAAGUGUGGAUUCUAGGGUAACUGGCCCUUCACGCAAUGUCAAUUUCCUAGGAGGUCUCGAGAAGGCACAGAGGGCCUCUCUCCGUCUCUGUAUCUUCCUCGCUGUCUUUAUCUAUCUCAAUUUCUCUCUGAGGCCGAUUCGCCUACAUCGCUCGCAUAUAUCCACGUGAGGUCCGGCGAGUCGUUCAUAAUAGCCUGUUGAAAAGGCUGUAAUACGGACGACUGCGCGAAACAAACGCGCGGGGCUCGUGAGAGAGCACUUUCCGAAGAAAACAAGCGCGCGCGGCGCACAUCGUGCUUUCUCGUCGCAUGUUGCGCGACUGCUCUGCUCUUUUCUUCUGGAUAUCUAUUGACGAAAUUAAUUACGGCCGUUUGGUGCGGCAGGGGAAGAGAGAGAGAGAGAGAGAGAGAGAGAGAGAGGGGGGGGGGGAGGAAAGUAAUGGCGAUCAAACUCCGUUAAAGAGAAGAUAAGAGAAAAAGAGAAGAACGUGCGCGAUCCGCUUGAACGAGGAAUGAAUCGAUGAUAUGAUUUAAUGCUAAGGUGAUUGUCUCGCAUUCGAACGAGUGACUCUUGUAUGCCGAGGUGCGUAAUGGAGACAAACUCAAUCGACAGUUUGCCCAGGGAAGAGAAAUUGAUCAAUUUAAUUAAAAAUAACACAAUUCAUUACGAUUAAAUGCGAUCCUUACUCAAGGAAGUAAAUAAGUUCAAUUAACACAUGAUACGUUUUUAUAUAUAAAUAUAUAUUGUACGUUCUGUUGGAAUCGCUCGGCUUCUCUCAAUCUUGUGCGACUAAAUUUCUCGAUAAUAUCGUCGCGAGGCAACCACCUUAGCUCUGUACGUCCGUACGAUUUCAUCGCGUCGAGGAAGAUAUCAUUUCCACGUAUCGCUGACUGCUGUCGCGAUCUAAAUCGCGUGUUAAAAUAGCGACGCGAUCACACUCCGUGCACAGCUGGAGAUUCUGGGAUAUUUAAAAAUCAGUUACUCAGUAGAUCGCCUUGCAACCGUCACCGAUAUCGGAGCGAAUUAGUUCGUUGGAUCCGUUGGAAAACUUGGUCGCGGGUUUGGUUUUGCGCGAGAGAUAGGAGACUAAGAAUAACGUCCUAUUUGUCGGAAAAAGGGGUUAUCCGCUUGCUUCUCCUCCGCCCCCUCCUCCUAUUCCUAAUCGAGCAUGAUCGUUAAUUCUUCACGACGACAAAGACAGAUCUCGCGUCAGCGAGGAAGAAACGACGAUAAAAAUCGUUUUAGUUCUUUUCUCGGCGACGAGCGUUUUCACAGCAGCUUGGCGGCUCGCCCUUUCGGUCUCUCUCUCUCUCUCUCUCUCUCUCUAGCUUUCCCUCGGAAAGCGAGCGACGACGCAUUGCGGCUCGCGCGCGCGCGUGCUAUCAGUCAUUAACUUCGUUAACUGGUCCCGACCACGAAUAAUCGAACUAAAACAUUGUUUGUGCGCAGACGAAGCGAGGAGCUCCGUUCGUACGCGAGACGAACAACGUACGAGAGAUGAACAACGUAAAUAAGCCGUGAGAGCGCCGCGAAAUCGAUUUUCCGAGGAAAACGCGACAUGCGAUCGCGCGCGUUCGUCGUACGUUGUGUGCUGCGCUUCAUCAUUUUACGUGCGCGAUAUUAGCGGCGUCGGCCGUGUAUACCAUAUACGAAACGCGCUAUCGCGAAUGCGCUCUCGCAGAAUCUCGCUCUGAACGCUGAGACGCCGUGUGCGUUUCGGCGCGAACAACCAGUAACCGCGAAGCAGUAACGGCAAUUCUCAUCUCGGCUUAACGUCGUUACUCGCCCGACGCGCACGACUCCGCGCAACGUUAGUAGCGCGCUUAACGCGCUCGCGGCACGCUAUCGCGCAGAAAAAUAUGUGAAUGUGCGACGGGGUCUCUUUCGUCGCGUCACAUCGCGCAGUCGUUCCCCGCUCACCGGCUCAACGGCGAAUGCGUUCCCUCGGAGAGAAAGAGUGCGUGUUCAAUAGGCAAAAAACAGAGGAUAUAAGGAUAAAAUCGCGCGUGCGCGCGAUGGUCUUCGCGAUGCAGGAGCGAGCGGCUACAUUUGUUAAAAUAGAAGGAAGCACGGAGAAGAGAAACAAAAAGUCGCAACUGACCACGCGAGCGAGCGUACACGCGCGCACGGUGUGAGCGCACCCUUAUUCAAGCAAGACUAAAAAUCGAUCGACAAAUUAGAUAAGGUAAUAGCGUACUCGCGGUUCGCGACAUUCCACGAGUCGACGAGAAACUCGCCCAAACUUUCAAGCGUGAUUAUUCAAUGGAUUAUCUCGCGGCAGGAGCGAAGCCUUGACGAGGAUUUCAGGUCUCGUUCGAACUGGUUGAACUUGCGGCGCGAGUGAUACGACUAAUUCAUCCGCUUGCGGUACGAUCAUGUACGAUUAACGACUGUUCACCGUUGAAUAAUCACUGAAUCUAUACGCGUUCGCGAUGAAACGAGCCCGUUGUCUUUUUUUUAGAGCGAGCGAGAACGUAAAACGUUGGCGCCGACAAUCGGGUAUUUGAAAAUUGGCCGAAUUGGGAUAAGCCUGUCAGGUCUUAUGAAAAUUUCGAGCAAAAUUGAAGAGAGAUCGAGUCAGCUGAGCAACUGACGUGAAAGUUGGAACUGCGAAAUUCAAUCGUCAACGUGAUUGUUCCACGAGACUAACAAAUUGAUGAAAUUAUGCAACCUUAAAAUUGAGUCUGUUCAACACAAUUGUUCAGAGCAUUAUUCUCGCUCAAGGGAAGGAUCGGUCGCAAUGUUGUUUCAUAGGCGAUCUCAUUUAAUAUUUAUUGCGUUUAUCCCACUGUUUGCAUUUUCGGCUUUUACUAUUUUACUUGGCACGUACAAGCGGAUAUUCGCGAAAUCAACCAGGAGCGGCGAGUUCUCCUUAGCGAACCGCGAUUGCGCCGCGAUAAAUGUUGCAUGAAAUGAAUAUUAAGAGUCUGUAUAAAGCCGUCGUCGCACGAGAGGAUCGCGGACCAUACUGAGCGCCUUUUCCGUUCACUCCUCCAACGCCAGAAUGUAACUCGAGGACUCUGCCGGACGCCAAUCCCCGAGACAAACAAAGAUAUUAUCGAUCCCUUAAAGUAUCAAACCGCCGCUUAAGGUAUCGCCGGAAUAUUGAAAGAUACCUGCGAUUGAGCCAUAGCUCAUUAAUGAUAAAGCGGCGAAAUCUACCUAAAAUAGCAGAAUCGAACAAUAAUUCGAAGACAUUAGUGAGAAGAAAAUUACAAUCGCGUUAAUUAAACUUAAUUUGGUUAUUGAGCAAGUUUAUGUUCAAUAUAUAGUUGUGUCUAAAGUGAAAUUAUAUCGCAUUGUGGAUUUAAUUUAGUUUCUUGCUCUCUAAAUUCUUUGCGGGAAUGGAUGAUGCAACAGUAUGUAAUGUUGUAGAACAGUAUAUUGCCUGUCCUAAAAACAUUAUUUUAACCUAUUAAAGGCUUUAAUUAAUUGACAAACAUUUUCAAUCAAAGAGUUAGUAUUUUCUCUACACUGUGAGGAGUCUCAGAUUUUAGAAUUAAUUAAAAUUAAUUUCAUUAAAGGCAUAAUCGGAGAUGAGGAAUACUGAAAUUAUAAAAAUAAGAAAUUAUAUAUUGACCAGGUAAUUUUAUUGAAUAAAAAGAGGCGUCCCACAAGUAAAAAUACAAUUAGACAUAAGAUGAAAUGAACGUGGGAAAAAAUUCGAAAUUAUCUUUUUUGUUAACUUGAUAUUCUGCAGUAUAUUAAUUAUUUUUUUAUCAUUAUUACAUUUUAUUUAUUCACUUUUCGUUUUACAGUGAAUGAAUAAGUGAUAUACUAUCAGAAGAUCGGAAGUUCUGAUUCACACGAGUGAGCUGGAAAUGCCUCGACCAAAAAGCCGAAAGAGAUCUAUGGAAAACCGCGUGUGUAAAGAAACAAUGUUUUUCCUCUUCUUCUUUUCUUCUGAUGUUUUCCGUCGGAAGAUCUUAAGAUCGGGUCAUCGGGUCAUGGGUUUAAUGGAGAAAUUUAUCGCUCCGUCAGAGUUCUCGGAGGAUAUUUCGGGUAUUUCAUCCCAAAGUUAUUUAAGGGCUGCCAAGAAGUAAAACGUGCGACGCGACGCACCUGCACACACUCGCACCCGGUGUGCGACGGAGCUUGAAACGAAAAGAGAAAAAACAUAAUAAAAUAUAAAAAAAAAACCAAAGAGAGGAAGCGGAGAAGUAGAAAAAUUUAAGAAGAAAAAACAAAGAAAUAGAGAAAAAAAAAACAAUUUCGUACGGAACAAAAAAUGCACAAAACGAGCUGUACCUUUUUUUCUCUCGCGAAAGAUCUAUCCAACCGAAAGUCUUCAUGGAACGCGCAAAGAGAA